AUGUUCCUCUUUCAGAAGAAGCCAGCCAGCACAGAGGUCGCCGGCAUGCGCCUGACGCGCGAUGUCUGUGAGGUGCUAAUCGAUGUUUGCAAAACGUACAAACAGUUGCUGAGGCUCCAGAUAUCUGAUAUACAAAAUCUACUUCGUUCAGAGGACUUCAGCACUUCUCUUGCAUUGUUGACAAGCAUACAAGAGCGUCAUGUGCAGAUCAAGCACCAACUCAUCGAUCUCAUCGAUCGUGUGCGAGAUUCCAAUGCCCCGUGGUUAGACGAGCUUUCUGACACGGAGGUUUCCAUGAGUGGCAAGGUCAAGACGUGCAACCGUAUGUCGAGACCGUUCGCACUGGGCUGGAAAACAGCGGCGAAGAAGUACUGGCCGUUGAUUGCCGAAAACUAUGAGACUAUCAUAUCUUUGCUCGAGCGACUAGAUAACGAACUCCAGAGCGCUAUGCAAGAUGAGUCGUUGUGGAAUGGGCAACCGCAGAGACUUGCAGAUCGUGUGAGUAUUCGAAGGUUCUUGACUUUGGGUACGCCGAGUACGAGCAGGACUGCUAGUACUACUAGGUUCUCGAAGCAGGUGGCCGUUCGCGAUAUCCCCGGCCGAGAGUUUGCAGUCGAGGAUGAAAACGAUCCUACCCCGAGUCUGCCUGUACUUAAAGACCGCACGGUUGCUCUCACAGACGAUCGUAGGCGCACCUUGGAAAAGUAUUCUAGUAGGCGGGCGCAAUCGUAG